UUUCAACUAUCGUCGUCGGAGGAGUUCUCUCUAUAUUUUAUCCUCCCUUUUCCUGCGCCCUCGAUUUCUAUCCUUUUUUCUCCUUUCCGAACAACCUGAAACAAGAUGGCCAACGCUGCAUCAGGAAUGGCUGUGCAUGAUGACUGCAAGCUGAAGUUUCUGGAGCUUAAGGCAAAAAGAACCCACCGCUUCAUUGUUUUCAAAAUUGAGGAGAAGCAGAAGCAAGUCACUGUUGAGAAGCUUGGUGAGCCAAGCGAGAGCUAUGAGGAUUUUAUCAAAUGUCUUCCUGCUGAUGAGUGUCGAUAUGCUGUGUAUGAUUUUGAUUUUCUAACAGCCGAGAAUGUCCCAAAGAGCAGAAUCUUUUUCAUUGCAUGGUCUCCCGAUACAUCGAGGAUCAGGAGCAAGAUGAUAUAUGCUAGCUCCAAAGACAGAUUCAAGAGAGAACUGGAUGGGAUUCAGGUGGAAUUGCAAGCAACAGAUCCAUCUGAGAUUGAUCUCGAUGUUUUCAAAAGCCGUGCCAACUAAAUACUUAAAUGUUUAUAGGUUGUCGAACGGGAACUUGGAUAAUUUACGAUGCUAAAUUUCUGAGUUUUUUCGUAUUAGUCUUGAUGAUAAACCCGUACUUUUGGGUAUAUGUGAUUUGUUAUCUAUUGAACCUAUGUGUUGAGAGUGUCUCUGCGUAGUCUUAUCGCUUCAAGCUAAUAUGGAACAGUUUGUGAGGGGUUAGACAACACAUUUUCAACUUCGUUUCUUUUUUAUUUCUUUGAAUAUUCUCGUUUAUUUGUUUCGGAGUGUUAAAGGGCAUGCUUUCAUGGCUUCUGAGUUGCAGAUAUUUUGCCAUUGUUUAUGACUCCAGGUUUGAUUUCAAAUAUAUUUGUACAAGAUUUU